AUGUUUGACCCAAAAAUAUUGGAAGUCCCAGCUGUUAUCUUUGACAACGGUUCAGGGUUUUGUAAAUGUGGGGUAGCGGGUGACAGCGUUCCUAGAUCGGUCAUCACAUCUAUAGUGGGUCACUCCAAAGCCAAAGCCAAAGCGACCAUGCUUGGGGCCGGCCACAAGGAAUACUAUGUCGGGGACGAAGCCCAGGCCAAACGAGGACUUCUGAGCCUGAAGUGCCCAGUGGAGCAGGGCUUUGUCACUUGCUGGGACAAUAUGGAGAAAAUCUGGAGGCAUCUUUAUGAAUGCGAGCUAAAGAUGAAACCAAAUGAGAGACCAGUGCAUUUAACCGAAGCACCCCUGAACCCUUUGACCAACAGGGAGAUGAUGACUGAAGUUAUGUUCGAGAACUUCAAGGUCCCUGCUAUGUAUGUGUCAGUGCAGGCUUUGUUGGCCCUGUAUGCUUCAGGGCGCACUACAGGGCUGGUAAUAGACAGUGGGGAUGGUGUAACCCAUACUGUUCCCAUAUAUGAUGGAUACUGCUUACCACAUGCCACGUUCAGACUGGGCCUCGCGGGGAGGGACAUAACAGAUUAUUUAAUAAAGCUCCUACAGGAGAGUGGCCAUUCUUUUGGGAGUUGUGCUAAGCAAGAAGUCGUGAAGGACAUCAAGGAGAAACUGUGCUACGUCGCCGUUGAUCUCACGAUGGAGCUUAAAAAAAAGCCCAAGGAGAACCAGAGAGAGUACAGGCUGCCCGACGGGAACGUGAUCAAGAUCGGCGAUCAGCUUUUCAGAGCCCCCGAAGCUCUUUUUGUUCCUGCUUCGGUCCAAGUGGAAGCCCCCGGGGUGCACAAGAUGACUUUCAACAGCAUUCUGAAAUGCGACAGCGACGUGCGCAGAAAUCUCUUCUCCAACAUGCUGAUGUGUGGCGGAUCCACCCUGUUCCCAGGGCUGGAGGAACGGAUGCUGAAGGAGAUCAGGGUGCAGAUCCCGUCUGAGGUAUCCGUGAAGGUGAUUGCACCUCCAGAGAGAAAAUAUACUGCGUGGAUCGGAGCCUCGUUCAUUACCUGCCUCACCGCCUUCAAACAGAUGUGGGUAACGGCCAGCGACUAUAAGGAGUUUGGACCUGCCGUGGUCCAUCGAAAAUGCUAUUGA